ACGAUAGAAUAGAGAGAGAAAGUAGAGAGAGAAUACUAAACUCUCUAUAUAUAAUAACGUGAGAAACUAACAAACACAUACUACUACAACAUUAAACUUAUCUAUACAUACAGAUAUAGAUAGAUACAAGAUAGAGAGAGAUAGAGUAGUAUUUGUUCCUGAAACUGGUCUUUGUUAAUCGAUCUCUUGGAUUUGUUAUUGAUUUGGUUGCUUUUAGUGCCUGAUCCACUGAGAUAAAACCCUAAUUGUGGCUCGAUUAUUGAUUGCAAUUGAAAUAUGUCGGUGCAUGGUCUAUUAAGAAAUGGGGCGUCUUUAUUGCAGAUGAGUUUCAAGAUGACCUAGGAGCUAAGUCUAAAUUACAGAUCUGCCUAUAUGCUAGCUUGAUUAAUUAUUAGUCUUUGGAUUUGAGGAGGGCUUGAUUGGAGACAAUGUCAUCUCUCAGUAGAGAGCUUGUGUUCUUGAUCUUACAGUUUCUAGAUGAGGAAAAGUUCAAAGAAACUGUUCACAAGCUUGAACAGGAAUCGAGUUUUUACUUUAACAUGAAGUAUUUUGAGGAAGAAGUGCAUAAUGGGAAUUGGGAUGAGGUUGAGAAGUACCUCUCUGGUUUUACAAAGGUGGACGACAAUCGGUAUUCCAUGAAAAUCUUUUUUGAGAUACGGAAGCAGAAGUAUCUUGAGGCUCUGGACAAAAAUGAUCGGCCCAAAGCUGUAGAAGUCCUGGUUAAGGAUCUUAAAGUUUUUGCGUCAUUCAAUGAAGAUCUUUUCAAGGAGAUUACUCAGCUUUUAACCUUGGAAAAUUUCAGGGAAAAUGAGCAGCUGUCCAAGUAUGGAGAUACGAAGUCUGCAAGAGCGAUUAUGUUGGUUGAACUUAAGAAGCUUAUUGAGGCCAAUCCUCUGUUCCGAGACAAAUUGCAAUUUCCCAACCUUAAAAAUUCAAGGUUGCGUACACUCAUUAACCAAAGCCUAAAUUGGCAGCAUCAACUUUGUAAAAACCCACGGCCGAAUCCAGAUAUCAAAACUCUUUUUGUGGAUCAUUCCUGUGCGCAACCAAAUGGUGCAUGUGCCCCAUCACCAGCAAAUAAUCCAUUGCUUGGAUCAUUACCUAAAGUUGGAGGGUUUCCUCCAUUGGGGGCACAUGGGCCGUUUCAAACUACAGCAGCACCAGCUCCAACUCCUCUUGCUGGUUGGAUGUCCAACACACCUACAGUUAAUCACCUUCCAGUUUCCAGCGGAGCUAUUGGUUUCGGCGGUCCAUCAAUGCCAGCUGCUUUGAAGCAUCCAAGAACGCCACCAGCAAACCCUUCUUUAGAUUACCCUUCUGGAGAUUCGGAUCAUGUGACCAAGAGAACGAGGCCCAUGGGAAUAUGUGACGAGGUAAACCUUCCAAUUAAUGUAUUGCCUAUGUCAUUCCCUGGGCAUGGUCCGAGUCAGGCUUUCAAUUCACCUGAUGACCUGCCCAAAAAUGUUGCAAGGACUUUAAAUCAGGGCUCAUCUCCUAUGAGCAUGGAUUUUCACCCAACGAAACAGACAUUACUUUUAGUUGGUACCAAUGUGGGAGAUAUAGGAUUGUGGGAAACUGGUUCCAAGGAGAGACUGGUUCUUAAAAACUUCGUAGUUUGGAAUGUUACUGCAUGUUCAACGACUCUGCAGGCUGCAAUAGUUAAAGAUCCCGGUGUAUCUGUUAACCGUGUGAUUUGGAGCCCCGAUGGUUCUUUGUUUGGAAUUGCAUAUUCAAGACACAUUGUACAAAUGUAUUCUUAUCAUGGGGAUGAUGAUAUAAGGCAGCAUUUAGAGAUUGAUGCUCAUAUUGGUGGAGUAAACGAUCUUGCUUUCUCUCAUCCUAAUAAGCAGCUAUGUGUGAUUACCUGUGGGGAUGAUAAAACAAUUAAGGUUUGGGAUGCAAAUACUGGUGCAAAACAAUACACUUUUGAAGGUCAUGAAGCUCCUGUUUAUUCAGUCUGCCCCCACUUCAAAGAAAAUAUCCAGUUCAUAUUUUCAACAGCUCUAGAUGGAAAGAUAAAAGCGUGGUUGUAUGACAAUUUGGGAUCUCGAGUUGAUUACGAUGCUCCUGGGCGGUGGUGCACGACAAUGGCCUACAGUGCUGAUGGAACAAGGCUCUUCUCAUGCGGAACCAGCAAAGAUGGGGAGUCUCACAUUGUUGAAUGGAAUGAAAGUGAAGGGGCUGUGAAAAGGACAUAUCUGGGCUUCAGAAAACGUUCUCUAGGUGUUGUUCAGUUUGAUACAACUAAAAACCGGUAUUUAGCUGCUGGUGAUGAAUUUUCUAUUAAGUUCUGGGAUAUGGACAAUGUUCAAAUCUUAACAAGCAUCGACGGUGAUGGAGGCCUUCCGGCGAGUCCACGUAUCCGCUUCAACAAAGACGGAUCUCUAUUGGCAGUGUCAACAAAUGAAAAUGGGAUCAAGAUCUUAGCAAAUUCUGAUGGUCUUCGGUUGCUACGUACUUUUGAAAAUAAAUCUUAUGAUGCUUCAAGAGCUCCCGAAUCAGUGAAGCCUAUAAUAUCAGUAGCGGCAGCAGCAGCAGCAGCUGCUGCUAGUAGUUCUGGACCUGCAGAUAGGGUUGUCUCUGCUGUCUCUCUUUCUGGAAUGAAUGGAGAUGCCAGAAAUAUGGGGGACAUUAAGCCGAGAAUAGCCGAUGAUUCGAGUGACAAAUCAAAGGUUUGGAAAUUGACAGAGGUUUCUGAACCUUCUCAGUGUCGCUCUUUGAAGCUUCCCGAAAACAUGAGAGUACCUAAGAUAUCAAGGUUGAUUUACACUAAUUCAGGCAAUGCCAUAUUGGCAUUAGCAUCAAAUGCAAUUCAUCUUCUGUGGAAAUGGCAAAGAAAUGACAGAAACUCUAGUGGCAAGGCUACAGCUAAUGUUUCACCUCAAUUAUGGCAACCAUCUAGCGGCAUUCAAAUGACCAAUGAAGUUACCGAUGCCAACCCCGAGGAUGCUGUGUCAUGCUUUGCAUUGUCGAAAAAUGAUUCUUAUGUGAUGUCAGCAUCAGGAGGAAAGAUAUCUUUAUUCAACAUGAUGACUUUCAAGACAAUGACAACUUUCAUGCCCCCACCACCGGCAGCAACAUUUCUAGCAUUCCAUCCUCAAGACAAUAAUAUCAUUGCUAUCGGCAUGGAUGACUCCUCGAUUCAAAUAUAUAAUGUCCGUGUGGAUGAGGUAAAAAGCAAGCUAAAGGGCCACUCUAAAAGAAUAACUGGUCUUGCCUUCUCUCAUGUGCUUAGUGUGCUAGUUUCUUCUGGUGCAGAUGCUCAGCUGUGUGUGUGGAGCUCUGAUGGAUGGGAAAGGCAGAAGAACAGAUACUUACCUAUUCCAGCUGGAAGGACUCCAACAGCACAGUCCGACACUCGGGUACAGUUUCAUCAAGACCAGAUCCACUUUCUGGUUGUACAUGAGACUCAGCUUGCUAUAUAUGAGACGACGAAACUUGAAUGUUUAAAGCAGUGGGUACCACGAGAAUCUGCUGCUCCUAUAUCUCAUGCAACGUUUUCAUGCGAUAGUCAGCUGGUCUAUGCCAGUUUCUUGGAUGCAAGUGUGUGCAUAUUUAGUGCUGCACACCUCCAUCUCCGAUGUCGCAUCAGUCCUUUGGCUUAUCUGCCACAUAGUGUCAGCAAUUCAAACGUUCACCCAGUAGUGAUUGCUGCACAUCCACAAGAACCAAAUCAAUUUGCACUAGGACUAUCAGAUGGAGGAGUGCAUGUAUUUGAGCCCCUUGAAUCUGAAGGCAAAUGGGGUGUGCCCCCACCAGUUGAAAAUGGUUCAGCAAGUACUGUUCCGGCAACUUCAGUUGGAGCUUCAGGCUCAGAUCAAGCGCAGAGAUGAUAGGUUGCAGGAGCACAAGUGUUUAGAAACCUUGCUUGGUAGUGGAAUUCAACAUGUUCAAGUGCGAAAGGUUUAUGUAUUUUAGUAGGAAAUGACUUGCCGGCCAGUAUAUCUAACUAUAUCAAGAUAUUAUUUAAAGCCUUGAAGGUAGUUGCUUUAUAUUAGUAAUGCUGGAAUCUUCCACCUCUCUUUUCUUGCUGGAAGGGACUUCAUCUGGAAUAUCUUUUCUAUUUUAUGUAUUUGGGGCUUGCUGCUCUGUAAACGAAAAGAUUUCUAGUUGGAAUUUGGAAUAUUGCUAUUUGAAUUGUUUUCAAGUUCA